GCUUUGAAACUCCCACAUGUGGAUUACAUAGAAGAGGACUCUUACGUGUUUGCUCAAAGCAUUCCUUGGAAUCUUGGCCGGAUUGUCCCAGAACAGGUCACACUGAAUGAGUAUAAUCCCCCCAAUGCUGGUGAACUGGUUGAGGUUUAUCUGCUAGAUACUGGUGUCCAGACGACCCAUCGGGAAAUAGAAGGCAAAAUAUUUGUGACUGAGUUUGAGAAUGUCCCUGAAGAAGAUGGCACUCGCUUUCACCGCCAGGCCAGUAAGUGUGACAGCCAUGGGACCCACAUGGCAGGUGUGGUGAAUGGAAGGGAUGCUGGAGUUGCCAAAGGGGCCAAUGUUCGCAGUCUGCGGGUGCUCAACUGCCAAGGAAAAGGCACCGUAAGCGGCACACUGAUUGGGCUGGAAUUCAUUGCAAAGACCCUGGCUGUCCAGCCCUACAGCCCGCUGAUUGUUUUGCUACCCUUGGCUGGCACCUAUAGCCCCAUCCUGAAUGCCGCUUGUCGUCAGAUGGUGCAGAUGGGAGUAGUCAUGAUAGCUGCAGCAGGCAACUACAAAGACGAUGCUUGUCUAUACUCCCCAGCAUCAGAACCAGAAGUUAUUACAGUUGGAGCAACCAAUGCCCAAGACCAACCUGCAUCCAUGGGGACUUUGGGAACCAACUUUGGACGUUGCGUAGAUGUGUUUGCUCCUGGAGAUGAUAUCAUUAGUGCCUCUAGCGACUGCAGCACCUGCUUCACAUCGCAGAGUGGGACAUCCCAAGCAGCUGCCCAUGUCGCAGGUAUUGCAGCCAUGAUCUUGAAUGCCAAUCCUGCCCUGUCCAUCUCCGAGCUAAGACAGAAACUGAUCCACUUUUCUGUCAAAAACCUUAUGAACGAGGCUUGGUUUCCAGAAGACCAGAGGCUGUUAACACCAAACAGAGUGGCUGGGCUUCCCUCCAAAAUUGUCGCAGAGGAACAACUGUACUGUCGCUCUGUGUGGUCUUUCUUGUCUGACUCAACCAGUGCAGCAACAGCUGUUGCCCGAUGUAACAGCGAUGAAGACAUGUUCAGCUGCUCAAGUUUAUCAAAGAAUGGCAAGCGGCGAGGGGAGCACAUUGAGGAUAUUGGAGGCAAGAAGGAGUGUGUGGCUCACAACAGAUUUCGAGGCCAAGGUGUCUAUGCCAUAGCCAGAUGUUGCAUUUGGCCCAAGGCUGACUGCCAGGUUAAUAGCCAUUCACAGACCACAGAGGACACAGCUAUGAAAAGUGUUAGCUGCAUCCAAGAUAGCCACGUUUUGACAGGCUGCAGCACCCAUUCUCUGGCUGGAGAUGUCAGUGGCGGCAUCAAUGCUGUACACCAGGCAGACAGUAGCCGGGCUCACUGUGUAGGACAAGGAGAAGCAACGGUGCAUGCUUCCUGCUGCCAUGCACCCAGCCUUGAGUGCAGAGUUCAGGGACAUCCUCCCCUGGAAUACUCAACAAAGGUGAUGGAGACCUGUGACGAUGGUUGGACUCUAACAGGAUGUAAUGCCCAGUCACAUAGCUCCAACACUCUUGGGGCAUAUUCAGUGGACAACACCUGCAUUGUAAUCAGCCGUCCCGAAAGCAAAGGAGCAACUGCAGUUGCCAUCUGUUGCAGAAAAAAGCUCUUAGAGGAUGAGAAGCAAAGUUCCAGUAACAAAUGACAAUUCUACCUUUUCCAGCCUCCACCUAUCCAAAGGACCCACAAAUUUUGACAAUUGCCAUACAUGGUCAUACUGGCAAACACGGUAGUUUGUAGAGCAGGACUCCAAUACAGCUUCGGAUUGCUCGUGAUAGCCUUAGCACAACAAUUUCAGAUGCUGCAAUUGUGCAAAACAUUGUCCCUCUAGCAACAGUCCCAUUGUUGUUUUCAAGAGAUGGGUGUCUUUGAUGUCUCAGUAAUAUCAGUUAAACUGCAUUUGUAAAAUAUCUUUGAUCAAUCAUUAUACAUGAUUUUUCAAUACCUUUUUAGUUGCAAUCAGUGACUUCCAAGUUUUUUAGAAUAUCUAUUUUGUCAACCGUCCAUUAGUUCAAUGCAUUUUGCUUAUAGUUGCAUAGAAGACAUGGGGAGGAGCAUGCAGAAGAAUGAAGAAGAUAACAGUUUCUGUGUAAUUCUUUAGCUUGGUCCCACUCUUUCAUUGGUUGAACUAUAACCAGAAACGUCCGUGUAUAUAUGAGUGGUGCUUAAAACUGUAAAAGGUGAAAGUAUUAACACUAUAGAUCAGCCCAGGAUAGCAGAUUAAUUGCAAAGCAUGCCAAUUAACAUUAUAUCGUGCUUUUAAAAAUAUUUUUAUAUACUAAGUUGUACGGUACUAUUUUGCAGCAAACAUAGGCAAACCAUGGGCUGUAUUAACCCUUCCUUCUAAAGGCCCCAUGCAAUUAAUAGAGUAUCCUUUGUAGUUAAACUGUUACGGAACCAUUUAACAGUUUAAUGCUUUAAAAGGAAACAGGCAUACCUGCGAGAUAUUGCGGGUUGGAUUUCAGAUCAGCAAAUAUUACAAUAAAGUUGAAUCACACAUUUUUAUUGGGUGGGGGAGGGAGGGGGUUUCUGACUGCAUAUAAAAGUUAGGUUUGCACUCUGGGUAAAAUAGUACUAUGUCUAAAAAAACUAUGUAAGUUCUUUAUUACUAACAUCUUAAUUAAGGUUCUUUAUUACUAAUGAGCAAAUGCUCUUGGAAAAAUGGUGCCAGUAGAUUUGACACAGGGUUGCCAUAAGCCUUCUAUUUACUAAAAAAAUUCAGUAUAUGCAAAAUUGAAUAAAGCAAAACACAAUAAAAUAAGGUAUGCCAAUAUUCAAAUACAAUUUAAUAGAAUUGGGAAGUGUUUCUCCUGAUUCUGCUCACUUCUUGAGAUUCUAUGGUUGUUGCACUCUCAACCUGAAACAGCCUAGGAUUUAGAUCAGGGGGGUCAAACUUGUGGCCCGUGACCUGGGUGCAUCGUGUGCUGGCCACGCCCAGCAACGGUUUAGCGAAGAGGGGAAAAACUUGCAAUUUGUCACGUGACGUUCAUUGUGAGUUUGACACCCCUGAUCUAGAUUGUACACAUUACUGUUUUCUGUCAUUCUCCAGUGCCAUUAUAUAAAACCACUUAAUGGGUUGUAGUUGGUCUGAAGUAGGAUUUUAUCCUAUUGUGUCCUUAUAGUAACUUUUGAAAAGCAGACGUUUCUCCUCUUUUAUUUCACACAGGAAACAAUUACUUUAAUUGUAAUACUUAACAUAUUAAAAUUAUUGUAAAUGAACUGUGUUAGCUACUGUAUUCACAAAUGGAGGGAGCUCUGCAAAAAUGAGAGCAGUUUUCUCCAAGGAGACUGGAUCAACGUAGAGAAUUAUUAGUCUCUAGAUAUCACUGAAGCAUAACUUUCAGUUUCAUCCUCUUAUGAUUAUUAUUCUGAAAAAUAUUGAAAACUGUAGCUGAAAAAAAUAAUAAUUGGGCUCCAGCAAGGCUACCGGAUCAAUGUUAGAAUAGUUUUAUAUACGCAAACCUGAAGCUUUUAAAAGCACUGAAGACUUAGGACUCCUGCAUGACAGGCCUUAAGGCAACCAUAAAACCAAGUAAUCGCUGGGUAACUUUCACCAAACAGUGUAGUUUCCUAACAAAGUAUUUGGUAUUUGAAAUUGGCUUUUCAAAUCUUUUCCCCCCUUAUCGAAUGUUUCAUUGCCUAUAUAAUUGAGUCUUUAACCACGUAUAUGUUCAAUUAAGGGGAAUAUAUUUUUUAAUUAAGGGACCAUAUACAUGUU